GAAAAAAACUACAACCGCAACCAUGCACGGAAAAGUCAUCUUCUACGAGGACCGGAACUUCCAGGGUCGCUCUUACGAAUGUAUGAGCGACUGUGCUGACAUGUCCUCCAACCUGAGCCGCUGUCACUCCUGUAGAGUGGAGAGUGGAUGCUUCAUGAUGUAUGACCGUACCAACUACAUGGGAAACCAGUAUUUCUUUAAGAGGGGCGAGUACGCUGACUACAUGUCUAUGUUUGGAAUGAAUGACUGCAUCAGGUCCUGUCGUAUGAUCCCAAUGUACAGGGGAUCCUACAGAAUGAGGAUCUAUGAGAGGGAGAACUUUGGAGGACAGAUGUAUGAGAUGAUGGAUGACUGUGACAACAUCAUGGACCGCUACCGCAUGUCUCACUGCCAGUCAUGUCAUGUGAUGGACGGUCACUGGCUCAUGUAUGAGCAGCCCAACUACAGAGGCAGAAUGUCGUACUUCAGGCCUGGAGAGUACAGGAGCUUCAGUAAUAUGGGUGGCAUGAGAUUCAUGAGCAUGAGGCGUAUCAUGGAUUCCUGGUACUAAUAUGUUCUAAUGUUCCAAUAAAAUAAUUUCCUACAAUACUAAUCAUUGUGUAUUGGGAAUUCUUUAA